GAAGCAGUGGCCAGGUUCCUGAUCCAGAUUUGAAACCUCAGCUCUGUUCCUACUUAAUUCCACCACACAUGCCAUGUUUAUCAGUUAAAUGGAGCUCACUUUUCUCUCAAAGCAUGAAAUUAUUCGGGCCGAUUCAGUUGUACAAGAAGAAGUAAAUAGAAGACAAGUUAGAAAAGGACGUUCUAAAUGUUCUUCAUCAGCCAGUAAUAAAGUAAAGAAUAAGAAAAGACGAAUUAACACUUCAGUUACAAAUACCAACACAACUCUACCGUGCUGGGAAGCACAACAGAAGGUUAAGGAGGAGAUGGACAAAGAAAUCCAGACUUUGGCGUCCCAGCUCAGUCGUUCAAAGCUUGAAGGUAUUUUUGUGCAGUUGGCAAAGAAGAAUCCAGGGUUGAUCAUAGACCUCUUGCAAGAUGCUCCGUCAGGCCAUAUUCCCAAUGGGCCUUCAACAGAAAUCCCCAGCUGGUGUGUCUGUGGCCUUUGUAGGGAGAUGCCGACUGACAUAGAGAAAGUGUGCUGUGGGAAGACAGAGGAACACUGCAUAAGUACAAGUUGUGCUAUGGCAAACUUGUGUUUGAAUGAUGCAGUGUUGUAUCUAAUGUUGAUGUAUCGUAAUGAGUUGUUCGGCCUCCACUCUCUCCCUGCUGAGAACUACAAUCGUGAACUGAGACAUGCAGCAUACAGGCAGUAUAUCAUGUGGCAACAUGGUCGCUUGGGAACCAACAGCAAACGUAUCAUUCCCAGCUGCUGUGUGUGGGGAAUCAGAACUGCCUUUCCUGACCCUGGUGGUGAAUAUUCUGGGUUUCAACCAUCCCGGCUAUCCUAAGAUGCCUUUCUCUGCUGCAAUAGUUGAUGUGUUUUCUUUAUAAUAUUCUCUUGAAAUUAUUGCAGAAUUAUGGAAAAAAGGAAGUGAGUCGUGCGGGUGGUUGUAAAUGGCAUCAAAUAAUAGCCACGCUCACUUUCUGUCAAUUAGUUUAUUGA